CUUCAUUUUGUUGGCGCUGGUCGUGCGAACGUUCUGUGCGAGUACUUUGUGAAUGUGUGAAGUGAUGGCUACGAUAACAGAGUCAAAAGUAAACAGCUGAUUUUAUUUUAAUUUUUCGGGUGAGGUUUGUGUUCUAAAUGUUGUCAAAAUGCCUGUUCGGAAAUAUAGAAGAGACACAAGUGAAGUUAGUUGCUGUUUGAAAUAUGUUAUCUUUGGAUUUAACGUGAUGUUUUGGGUGAGUGAAAUGAAUGAAUUCCACGUACAUGACUGAGCACCGGAAAAAAAUCUUGAAUGACAACGGUAACUACGAUAAUGACGAGGAAAAUGACAGUCAAGAAGAUGGCGAGAACGGAAUCGUGAAGAACGAGAAAAACGCUGGUGACGACGUUUAUGAUGCCCGUGGUGAGAACGACGGUGACGUUUGUGAGGACAAUCGUGAGGACAACGACUUUUUUGAUGACUUUGGCCAGGUUGACGACGGUUAUGCUGAGUGGUGUGGACGACAUUAG